CCUAGAAUUUUCCAGAUAACCAAGCAAUAUAAAUGAUGGGUGUUCUGUUGAGUUUUCACAUUCUGAACAUCAGAGUGGUUUGCUGUGAAAUCCUCCUGGCUGUAAGGUUGCUCAUAUCUCUGGAAGAAUGAAGGCUGGUUACAGGUGUCUGCUUUUCCACUGCGUUUUGUUGUCUGUCACUUUUAUGUGCCAUGGAAAAGACCUGUUCUUCAAUGACAAUGGAAACCUCAUACUCCCGGGGUCCUACAAUAUUCCAUGGAUGUCAGGCAUCGAGGAUUUCCGCGCCCUCUCUCUCCUCACCAUCCCUGGCACCCAUGAUAGCAUGGCCCUGUACGGAGGUCCAGAGCUCGAAUGCCAGUCCUUGUCCCUGAAGGAUCAGCUCAGGGCUGGCAUUCGUUUCCUGGAUCUCAAAGUGUUUGGACUGGGUAACACCCUCUAUGUCAUGCAUGGAGUGAUGUACCAACACAGCACUCUCAAGGACGUCAUAGACACUGUCCAGGCUUUCCUGUCAGAGUUUAAGACCGAGGCUGUGCUCAUUAGAGUGCAACCAGAGUCUUUUGAGAAGACCACUGUAAAUGAAAUGGUGCAGAGUCUGAUUGGCAAUGACCAGCGUUUCUGGGUGUCCUCUGCAAUGCCAACUAUGGGUCAGAUUAGGGGGAAAAUUGUCUUUUUGCAGAUGAACACCUUCACACUUGGAAUUCCCCUUAUUGAUACAAAUGGGAAAGGUAACACCAAAGUCACCAACGUUAACGAUAAAGACAACAAAAUAAUCAAGCAGCUGAACCAAGCCACUCUAGCCUGUGGAGGUGAUAAUGCUGUUGUGACUUACACUAGCGGCACUGGCUUUGGUACUUUCUGGGGAAUGUUUCUGACUCCAAAAAGAGUGGCUGAAAAGGUAAAUCCAUGGCUCAAUCAAUACCUGAGACAGUUUUACCCUAAUCAGCCCAGACCAUGUUUUGGUAUCAUUGCCAUGAACUUCCCUGGCAUUGACCUCAUUCAAACUGUUGCCAACUUAAACAUAAAUGGGUGGUGAUGGCGCAGCGGAUAAGACGCAUGCAGUAAUUUAAACUGGUAGAGGUUCAAUAAUUAUGUGCACCAUUCAUUUGAAAGGUUGAGUGUUUGGAUCUGAUGGAUCACUAUGAAGUUCCUGUAUCUUUCCUAUCUGUACACACUCUGAUACAGAUGAAAUAUCUGGAACUCCAAAAUGUAAUCUAAAAAAUGAUCUCAUUGUCUUUGUCAGUUGUAUCCACUGUGUAAUUUUGGAAGCAAAUGGAAGCAAAAUGUUUUGCCCAUAAUUAUGACAAAAAUAAAUUUCAUUUUAUCCUCACCUGAA